AUGACGGCCCCUGGACGAUUGUUCAACCCCGACCCGUUGCCCCGACCCAUCCACGGCGGCAUCAAGGAGGCCGAGCUGCGGGCCCUGGGCCUGCGCCUGGAGGACUGCCUCGAUUUCUCCGCCAGCGUCAGCCCUCUGGGUCCGCCGGAAGGCGUUGCCGCCGCCAUCGCCGCCGUCGACUUGACGGCAUAUCCCGACCCCCACUGCCUGGUGCUGACCGAGGCAAUCGCCGCCCACCACUCCGGCGACGGCCUGUCCGUCGGCAACGUCAUCGUCGGCAAUGGCUCCACCGAAAUCAUCCACCUGCUGACCCGCUCGUACAUCGGGGCUCCGCCCACGGGAUGCACCAACACCGCGCUGGUGCUCACGCCAACCUACGGCGAGUACGAUGGUGCCGUGCGUAUCUGCGGCGGGAAGGUGUUGACGCUGACCGCGUCGCGGCACAGCGACGGGUUCGCAUGGGACACGGCAGCCCUUUGCGCCGCCGUCGCCGCCGAGCGGCCGGCCUUGACCUUCAUCUGCAAUCCCAACAACCCGACCGGCGUGCUCAUGGGACGCGAUCAACUGGCGGCGAUUGCCGACGCGGUCGCGAACACGGGCGGCCUGCUGGUGGUCGAUGAGGCGUACAUCAACCUGUCCGAGCGCCGGGCCGAUGCCGAUGUCAUCGCACUGGCAGCGCGUCACGGCUCGGUGAUCACGUUGCGCUCCAUGACCAAGGACUACGCCCUGACCGCCCUGCGGCUGGGCUACGCGGUCGCCAGCGAGGCGGUAAUCGCCCGCCUGUCAGCCCUUCAGCCCGACUGGAGCGUCAACGGUCUAGCCCAGGCCGCGGGCCUGGACGCCAUAGCGGACGAAGCAUACCUGGAGCGGGCGCGGCAGGCCGUGGCGGCGUCCCGCGAGUGCGUCGUGCAACGGCUCUCCGGCCUGAGCAUCCGCUGCUAUCCCACGGAAGCCAACUUCGUGCUGGCGCAAGUGGGCAACGCCGCGGAUUUGCGCGACCGCCUCGCCCGGCGCGGCCUGUUCGUGCGGGACUGCACAUCCUUCGGCCUGCCGGAUUGCAUCCGCAUCGGACUGCGCCCGGUGGAAGACUGCGCGCGGCUGGCCGACGCCAUCGCCGACGUCUGGAGCGAAGAACCCCAACGAUAG